AUGGAUAAUUUGAAAAAGAAGAAAACAGCAGGUCGAAGAAAGGUGGCGAUAAAGAAAAUUGAAGAUAAAAGGAAGCGCCAAAUUACGUUUUCAAAGCGCCGACAAGGCCUCUUUAAAGCUGCCAGUGAGGUGUGCGUACUCUGCGGCGUGGAGAUCGCCAUUGUUGUCAAGUCUCCUGGCAACAACUUCUUCUGCUUCGGUCAUCCCAGCUCGGACUCCAUCAUUGACAGCUACCUCGCCGGCCAAGGCUCUUCAGUAGUCAAGGGUUCUCCUGCGCCAACAUGUGGCGGUAGCGGAGGGUCCUGGUGGGAGCAGCCUAUUGAUGCAAUGACAUUUGAGGAGUUGGAGCAAUUUCAAGCUGAACUGGAGAAUUUGAAACAAGAAGCUUCACUUCUGGUAGAUGUUGAUGUAUAA